GCCACCGCCUGACCAAGUUGUUCGAAACCGCGACUGGGUGCCUGGUCAACACCUUCUCUAUUCAUUUCUUGUACAUCUUCUAAAGCUUGGAUUAUCAUGUUUUACUCAGAAGCUAUUUUAUCGCGCCGUGGGCCACUGGCCAAAGUAUGGCUCGCCGCGCAUAUGGAGAGAAAACUCUCCAAAACACAGACACUACAGACGGAUAUUGAGCAGGCAGCGGAUGCCAUCAUGGGACAGGAGGUUGAAGUCAUGGCACUACGUUUAAGCGGACAGUUAUUGCUCGGUGUUGUUCGAAUCUACAGUCGUAAAGCGAAAUAUCUAUUGGAUGAUUGUAACGAGGCGCUGCUCAAAAUCAAGAUGGCAUUCCGCCCAGGUGUUGUUGAUAUGACGGAAGAUCAACUGGCUGUCAACCGCAAUGCCAUUACACUUCAAAGCGGCAAUCUUGACCUGGACGUUUUGCUUCCAGAUAUCAAUUGGGACAUCGAUUUUGAGGACCGUAUUGCUGAACCUCAAGGUCAUCAUGUCGCCCGGCAAGCAGAUAUUACUCUUCAAACCGCCGACGACCUGCAAUUUGACCUUGAUGAUCCUGGCUACGGUUUUGAUCUUGGCCCAUCAGAUGGUAUCGGUUCACAGGACUUUGGGGAGCUUGAUCUUGGUCUCGACUUUGGAGACGGACCGGUCAGUGUUAUCGACGGGAGCGUAGAAGUUGGUCGUGAUGCCCCGACUCCACGAAGUGCCAGAGAGUCGUUAGAUUCUAGAAUGAUGGGAAAAGGUGGAGAGGGUGAAGAUUUCUUCUCGAACAGAAGUAGAGAACCUUCCGAACAUCCGUUUGGCGCCGACAUGGAUGUGGACAUGGGUUUUGGUCCAGACAUGGGAGGUAUGGACAUUGACUUGGGUAUCGAUUUCGGGGACCGCCCCUUGAGCGAUCGUGAAAAGACUCCCGAACAAACCAGGUCUCCUUCUCGAAUGUCCUCUCCGCUCACCGAGCCUCCGCCAACACCGCCACCUGACCUUCUCCUCACACCAAAGGCAGCUGCACAAGAAUUAGCUGACGAUACAGUCGCUGCAAAGGCCAAGCGCAAGCCCAAAGAAAAGAAGCAAAUCAUUGAUUCUGUUACUGAGCUCACCGAUGGCCCCGGAGCCAGAGCUGGUCGUGGUCUAGGCGCGCCCGUUAUCAAGGAUGUCAGUGAUAUUCUUGCAGAGCAUCCAUCUCUCCCUCGUUCCGCGAUUGUCAUGCGGCUCAUGGAGAUCCGCGAGGAUCCCCUUGCCUACUUCCUUCCCACCAAAGUUACGCCAGAAGGCACUUUCUUCCUCGCCGGGCCCCCUGGACUGGCACCUGAACUAUCCGACUUGUUCAUGCGUCCUCUACAGACCGGCCUCCCAUCGAAAAAGAGGGGUGCAUCUCCUGACAAGGCAGGGAGGAAGAAGCCUAGGGUUGAGGGGAGCAUACAUGAAGAUGAGCAGGUCGAACAGGCUCGGCGGGAUGCCAGUAUUGCUCCGAGCAUCGCACUUGCUAGUGAAGCUCUUGGCGGUCGUGCCAGUAUGGCUCCGGACGGUGGCUUUGAUUUUGGCGACAUGACGGGCGGUUUGGACGAAUUUCAGAUGGACGUUGGUGGCGAAUUCCCGGUGGCACAUGACGAUUUGGGAUUGCAACAAGACAAAGGUGCCGCAACGGAACAAAGUCGAUCGUCCACGCCAGCUGUCGACGGUGAAGAAGGUGAAGAGACCUAUGCUGAUCUGACGUGCCCUAUCGCGUCUUUCGAUGUGCGGCCCUCGCCCACUCAGGCUCAGGAGGCUGCUGGUGACGGCGAAGGCACAGGAUACAGCAAAAAUACAGUAAAAGCUCUCGGCAUCAUUCGCAAGGAGCUGAAACCCGAAGACCGCGAGGAUGACGAGGAGCGCGUUAUGAGCUUCCGCAGGAUGACGGAGAAAGCUUCUCGGCGUGCUGCAUCUGCCUUCUUCUUCGAGCUUCUUGUCCUCGGAACACGAGACUGCGUAAAAUUGUCGCAGAGCGCCGCCUUUGAGAAUAUCGAAGUCCGCGCAAAGGACAAAUUAUGGGAGCGCCAGCGGCACGGGUCUGUCGCUCCAUCUAUUGCAUCUGCCACAGUAUUCUAAGUGUAUUUAUCUUGUUUUCCUUUUGAUUUUUCAGAUCUUGAUUUCACGACUAUCUACGAUGUGAUACUAGGAUUUUUCAUCAGUUUAUUCUAUCUCGUUAGCUCGUUACACCAAGCUUUCUAUCUUUUGUUCUCUGUAGCUUUCCUGAUUUAUACUGUAUCUUCCUAUACAUCCUAGAUUUGUUUGCCUCGAUUUGUAUGUUUCCGUGACCUACUCACCAACAAGAAAUCAAGAAUACAGUCAUAAACAA